CCCCUGGCCGCCGCCCGCCCGCAGCAGCGCCUCUUCCUCCCCCAGCUGCCUGCUCUGCUCUGCUUCCCCUCGUCCAUCCCAAUCACCGCCGCCAACCCCCCUUGACAACCCUAUCCCUCACUCCACCACCCACCCCACCCUCACGGCCUCACCCACUCUUCCCCAUCUGCCUCCCUCCCUCCCGCUCCGCCUCCCAUGUCCCGCCCCCAUCUCCUCCCGCUCCUCCUCUUCGCCCUCCUCCUCCGCCCCAUUCCGCUCCGAUCCCAGCCCGCCGCCCCCUCCCCCUCGCCGCCGCAAUGCGCGCUCAACUUCACCGCGCUGCGCCCCUUCCUCGCGCCACCGCUGCCCGCCGAUGACGCCUCCCGCUGCGGGCUCGCCACGCAGUCCGUCACCUUCCUCCUCUCGCUCCACCUCGCCGCCACCUCCUCUUUCGUGCUCCCAUCCGGCGCCUCCUCAUGCCUGGGCCCACUUCGCACCGCGCUGCCAAUCCCGGUCCGGGCCUCCGCCUGCGGCCUCUAGGGCCUAGAGACCGUCCUCGCCUCCCCGGGAUGCGGCAACGUCUCCACGCUCGCCGACUUAGACGCGCGCGUCCCGCCCUCCGCGCGCCAGGACAUCGGCGCCAGCUGCAACCGGGACCUCUCCGCCGUCCCCGACUGCACCGCCUGCACCACCGCGCUCAGCAAGGCCGCCGCGGCGUACCUCCUGCCUGGAUCCCCCGGCGCCGGGAACAACAGCGUCACCGGGUGCGUCCAGUACCCGCCCAUCUACGCCGGCGCCAAGGCGAGCCCGCGCGGGCCCGCCGACCUGGCCACGGCCUACUGCCUAUUCCUACUCAAGGCCAACCCUCCUCAAUCCCAAAGCUCCGGCGCCGCCCCAUGGAUUUACGGCGUCGCGUUCGGCUCCCUCGCGGCGGUGCUACUUCUCGCCGCUGCCGCGGGAUCCUUCUUCAUCGUGAGGCGGAGGCGGGCGCGAGCAGCCGCCGCCUCCCUGGCGGCGGACACCAGGAGCAAGCGUUCGCAGGCCAUGGAGUCCAUCAGCGCCAGCACCACGCUCGUCAAGUUCAGCUACGACGAGAUCAAGGCCGCCACGGACGGCUUCUCCAGGGAGAGCAUCAUCGGCCGCGGCGGCUUCGGGAACGUCUACAAGGGAGUGCUGCGCGACGGUGCCGAGGUGGCGGUCAAGCGAUUCAAGAACUGCUCCGCGGCCGGGGAUGCCGCCUUCGCGCACGAGGUGGAGGUCGUGGCCAGCGUGCGUCACGUCAACCUGGUCGCUCUCCGCGGGUACUGCAUCGCCACCACGCAGAGAGAGGGACACCAGCGGAUGAUCGUCUGCGACCUCAUGCAUAAUGGCAGCCUCCACGACCAUCUGUUCGGCGCCGGAGAGUGCCAGAUGGCGUGGCCAGUGAGGCAGAGGAUUGCCGUUGGGAUGGCACGGGGCCUGGCCUACCUGCACCGUGGUGCGCAGCCGGCCAUUAUUCACAGGGAUAUCAAAGCAAGCAAUAUCUUACUUGAUGAUGAAUUUGAGGCCAAGGUAGCUGAUUUUGGACUGGCCAAGUUUGCGCCUGAGGGAAUGACACAUGUGAGCACAAGGGUUGCUGGAACACUGGGUUAUGUGGCCCCAGAGUAUGCACUGUAUGGCCAAUUGACUGAGAAGAGUGAUGUCUAUAGCUUUGGGGUUGUACUUCUUGAGCUUCUGAGUGGAAAGAGGGCGUUCAUUUCUCUCAGCGAGGGCCAGAGCUUUGUGCUCACUGAUUGGGCUUGGUCUUUGGUGAGGAGGGGGAAGACAGUGGAGGUGAUCCAAGAAGGAAUGAUUGAGCCUGGUCCAACUGAGGUUAUGGAGAAGUAUGUCCUUGUCGGUGCACUCUGCACACAUCCCCAGCUGCACGCAAGACCAACAAUGGAGCAGGCACUGAAGAUACUUGAGGCUGAUUCUGCACCAAGUCCGUUAAUUAUUCCGGAGAGGCCAAUCCCUGUUGUUGCAAACCUGGCUGAGAUUGAGAGGUCAGCCAGCAGCAGUGGCUCAGGUCAGCUGUUCAGCCCCUCUGGUUUCCGAUCUUUUAUUCAUGCAAAUGAGGACGCUGCUCUGGCGUCUCCAAAUGAAACAUGACUGUAGCCCAUUAGUGAAAGGUAUUGCUAGAAUUCACUGCAGGAAACUGUUGGAUUACAUACUCCAGGCAACUGUUGUAUAUAGCAAUUUUAGUUUUGCUCCCACACAGGAAAAGUAAGGUUCUUGUGUGACAGUUGAAUUCAUUGAAACAUUUUUAGUGAUGUUUUUCCAUUCCUGUAUAUUUAGCUUUCAACCUGCAGUAACUGUUUAUCCGGAUUCUGGAUAUGGAGGUUAACAAA